CUACAGUUCACCGCACUGUAGCUGGAGAUCGUUUUGGGUGCGCAAACAUAUGCGCAGUGUGUUGCAAGUUGUGACUUGUAAAGUGCGACAUUUUGUGGACAGUAGAAUUUAGUUUGUGAAGUUUCGGGUUUCUUCGGAAAUCCAAUGUGUAUUGUGUUGUUAUAAAUACUUAAAGACUUUACAAUGACAACCAACAACUCGAAAUUAUCAACAACUGAACGAGUUAUUAAAAGUGUACCGUUCCCGCCGAGCCACAAGCUCACGACUGCCGAAGUGUUCGACACACGGACCGGCAAGCCGCGGCCGGAUGUGCUCAAACAACACUUCAUUCUCGAGGGAAGGAUAGACGAGGCGGCAGCCCUCCGCAUCAUCAACGAUGGCGCACAGCUGCUCCGCUCCGAGAAAACCAUGAUCGACAUCGAGGCGCCGGUUACAGUAUGUGGAGACAUCCACGGACAGUUUUAUGACCUGAUGAAACUGUUUGAAGUGGGUGGACCUCCAGCCAGCACCAAGUACCUCUUCCUAGGAGACUAUGUAGACAGAGGAUACUUUAGUAUAGAGUGUGUGUUGUACCUGUGGGCUCUGAAGCUGUGCCAUCCAACCACGUUAUUUCUAUUACGAGGAAACCACGAGUGUAGACAUCUUACAGAAUAUUUUACGUUUAAACAAGAAUGUAAAAUAAAAUACUCGGAGCGAGUGUACGAUGCAUGUAUGGAAGCAUUUGACUGCCUACCGCUGGCUGCGCUCAUGAACCAACAGUUCCUGUGUGUGCACGGUGGACUCUCCCCAGAGAUACACAACCUUGAUGACAUCAGAAAGCUGGACCGAUUCAAGGAACCUCCAGCGUUUGGGCCGAUGUGCGACCUGCUCUGGUCUGACCCUCUCGAGGACUUUGGCAACGAGAAAAAUGCAGAACAUUUCAGUCACAACAGUGUCCGUGGCUGUUCUUACUUCUACAGUUAUGCUGCUUGCUGUGAUUUUCUUCAAAACAACAACUUGCUGUCAAUAAUCAGAGCACACGAAGCACAGGAUGCUGGGUACCGAAUGUAUAGGAAAAGUCAGACGACAGGCUUUCCUUCCCUCAUCACAAUCUUCUCAGCUCCAAACUAUCUAGAUGUCUAUAACAACAAGGCUGCAGUGCUGAAGUACGAGAACAACGUGAUGAACAUCCGACAGUUCAACUGCUCUCCUCACCCGUAUUGGCUGCCCAACUUCAUGGAUGUCUUCACCUGGUCAUUGCCGUUUGUAGGAGAGAAAGUGACGGAGAUGUUGGUGAACGUGCUGAACAUCUGCUCGGACGACGAACUUAUGUCAGAUGGAGACGACGCAUUAGAAGAAGGUACGUCAUCAUUUUGUACAUUGCAAUUAUCUUAUAAUACGCAUACUGGGUUAUAUUUAUUUUGGUUAUAUGUAUUUUGCCUUAAACGAUCAUUAAUAUAUUUACUUUUAUAAAAUAGUAGCAAAAUA